AAACUACUAGUCAAUAUAACCAAACUUAUUUGCGUGGCCUUUUAUAGGUUAUAUUGUUAUUUGAAUUUUUAAAAUGAAAAUAAAGAGAUACAAAAAAGUAAACAAAAAUCUGAGUUUCUUCAUAAACAAUUUUGGAUUCAGACAACCAUAUCAAUUACUUGUGGACGGGACAUUUUGUUUUGCAGCCCUAAACAAUAAAAUCAAUAUAGCAGAUAACAUACCCAGAUAUUUACAUGGUGAAAUUAAACUAUUGACAACACAAUGUUGCAUAAUAGAAAUGGAGAAUUUAGGCCCAAAGUUGCAUGGUGCUCUGUUAAUUCUAAAGAAAUAUGCUGUACACAAGUGCGGCCAUGAGGGGAAACCAGUGUCAGGAUCUAAAUGUAUUCACUCAAUGCUUGACAACAGAAAUGAAAAUCAUUACAUUGUCUGUACCCAAGACAGAGAUUUACAGACUCAAGUCAGAUUAAUACCUGGUGUACCCCUGUUAUAUUUACAUAUAAAGACUCCUACACUGGAACAACCUUCUGAUGCCUCAGUCAAGUACUCCUUGGAUAAAUUGUCAGGAAUAGGUGAAUCAGAGAAGAAGGCUAUAGAGAAAUUAAAGCAGGAAACAGGUUUAGCUGAUGACGACAGGCCAAGGAGGAAAAAGAAAAAGAAAGGUGCUAAUCCAUUAUCUUGUAAAAAGAAAAGUAAAAAGCCCACUAAUCCUAUACAAAAGAAGGAAAGUCAACCUGAGAUAAACAAAAAGAAAAGGAAAAGGAUUAAAAUUCCACAACAUGUAAAAGAAGAGUUAUUGAAGGCUAAAAGCUGAUGUAUAUUUUAAAAAUAUUUUGUUAUAUGAUCAAUAAAAAUAAUUGUUAAUAUUAAAA